GUUUGUAGUUUAUAAAAAAGAAGACUUCUUGACAAACUUUUGAUGCAUGCGUCAAAAUCGAUAUAACAUCUCAGUAAAUUUUUCAUUCAUUGCCUCACCAUGCUUAGACUAUUGCACUGUGGAUGACACCGAGUUUAAAAAUUCAGACAAUGGUUCAACUUCACGAUUGGUUGUCACUACACAUUUUGUAGAUCCGAGGGAAGGCUCAAAGAUGCAAGCAUUUGUGUAUAACCGUCAACACUCAAUGCGUUCGCUUUAUUAUGCUAUUUGUGAAUCAGUUACUCACUCUCGCUGCAUCGUCUGUUAUACUCUAAUGCGAAAAAAAGGAAUGUGUUUUAGUCCUUUUGUGGAGAAGAUUUUGCUUCCAGACGACAGCAUCCCAGAGGUCGUUUUUUAUCAAUAUAUUUCACCUUCACUCUCCAAAUGUGUUGAGCUGAAGUGGGUAAUUGUCAACUUUCUUGUCUUUUUACGAAGUAUGAAGCUAGUACCUGGACAUUUGCACCUCAUAGGAGGGUUUUCUACGUCUCCUACUAAAGAAGAGUUGCUUCAGUAUGUUGCUUCUCACCUCACAACUACACAUUUUGAUAUAUAUUUUUUGAGAAGUUGCCCAGUCACCACCGUCACCGUGACCCACGAGGACGUCACGAUUGAAGAUGAGUAUUGUCCCUCUUCGAAUGUCCAACAGGCUGCCAUUCUGUUGCCCUUGAUUGAACAGGGCGACGUGGUGAGAGUAAGUAUUUCUGAUGGAGGCGCACAAAGUUGUCGGACCAUGCAAGGGGUUAUCCAAAGCUCUAGAAUCGACAAUGGUAUGAUUUCUUACGACGUCCAGAAUGUAGACACUUAUGAGGUUCUUUGUGGAUUGAAUUGUAUGCAAGUUAUCCCGUUAUAAGAAGUAGAACAGAUAA